CUUUAGCUGGAAGGGAACAAGUUGUUAUUGUCUCAAAUUGCAGAUUCAGGAAGGAACCAAUGGAGUUCGAUGAAGUUGCAGUUUAUUUCACGGAGGAGGAGUGGGGCUGUUUAACUGAAGAACAAAAAGAACUUUAUAAGGAUGUGAUGAUGGAGAAUUACCAGACCCUCAGGUCUCUAGGAUAUGUCCCUGAGAGACCUUUACUUGUUACACAGAUUGAGCACAGAGAGGAGCCAUACGUGAGCAGUUUUCCUAUUACCAGAGAUGCAGAAAACACUGAUGUAGUGAAAGUUGAGAUAACAGAAGAUCUGUUUACGUGUAAUCAGGUGAAGACUGAGGAGGAUGAAGUUCCUAUAACUCCAUCUACAGGUGAAUUUACAAACUGCAAUGAUUCAUGCUCUGAAUGUGGGAAAUGUAAUAUUCAGAAAUUGCAUCUUAUUAGUCACCAGAAAAUUCAUACAGGAGAAAAAGCAUUUCCAUGUUCUGAAUGUGGGAAAUGUUUUAUCCAGAAAUCAGAGCUUUAUAGAGAUUUGAAAAGUCACACAGGAGAGAAACCAUCUUCAUGUCCGGACUGUGGGAAACGUUUUAGUCGUAAAAAAAAUCUUAAGAAGCAUCAGAAAAUUCAUACAGGGGAGAAAGCAUUUUCAUGUUCUGACUGUGGGAAACGUUUUAGUUGUAAAAGAAAGCUUAUUACACUUCUGCAAACUCAUACAGGGGAGAAAACAUUUUCCUGUUCUGACUGUGGGAAAGGUUUCAAUCGGAAAUCAGCUCUUACUAAUCAUCAGAAGAUUCAUACAAGAGAGAAAGCCUUUGCAUGUACUGACUGUGGGAAAUGUUUUACUCGGAAAUCAACUCUUAUUAUGCAUCAGAACAUUCAUGUAGGGGAAAAAAGAUUUUCCUGUUCUGACUGUGGGAAAUGUUUUAAUUGGAAAUCAGCUCUUACUAAUCAUCAGAAGAUUCAUACAGGAGAGAAAGCCUUUGCAUGUUCUGACUGUGGGAAAUGUUUUAUUCAGAAAUCAAAUCUUUACAUGCAUCAGAAAAUUCAUAUAGGGGAGAAACGAUUUUCUUGUUCUGACUGUGGGAAAGGUUUUAAUCGGAAAUUAACUCUUACUAAUCAUCAGAAGAUUCAUACAGGAGAGAAAGCCUUUGCAUGUACUGACUGUGGGAAAUGUUUUACUCGGAAAUCAACUCUUAUUAUGCAUCAGAAAAUUCAUAUAGGGGAGAAAGGAUUUUCUUGUUCUGACUGUGGGAAAUGUUUUAAUCGGAAAUUAACUCUUACUAAUCAUCAGAAGGUUCAUACAGGAGAGAAAGCCUUUGCAUGUACUGACUGUGGGAAAUGUUUUACUCGGAAAUCAACUCUUGUUAAGCACCAGAAAACUCAUAAUAAAGGAAAUUCUGGAGUUGUCACCCACACAAUACCUAGUGCUGAUCAUGACUACAUUUGAUCCCUUGGGGGGGCGCACAGUUUUGGAGCUGUUUAAGACCCCUUCUGCACCUCAAGCAUUUACAAUGGUUUCUAUAUAGGUUUGAAUAGCCAAGUGAUUACCUGGAGCCCCUUUGUAUUGAAGUUAUAAAUAUAACAAAAGGCCCAUGAAAUUUAGGUACUGUUGAGGGCAUUAUAGUUAGGUGAUCACUGAGGUGACCGUGUUUCUCUAGCUGGAAUUUAAAUUGACCAGGUAAAAGGGUUUACAGGGUGAGCCCCUACAUUAUCAAAAAUACAAGAGGGCUCCAAAAGCACUUGUCUGGAAUAGGAUAUCCCUCUAGCUACAUAAAAUGCAUUGUGGUAAAAAAAUCAUUCAAUUGCUAAUUUCUAUAGAAAAGCAUUGUUUUAUUUUCCAGCAACCUUGUUUAUUAAAAUUGUAAUAAAAUAUAAAUUUUU